AGGAGGCAGUGUCGUUCACGUUUGUCGCGAAGAAGCGUAGAAGAAGAAGCGGCCGAUGCCGCCACUUUCGCAAACAUUUCUCACAACAUCCCUAAAAUAUGUAAAUGAGUCUCCUGAACGUACCUUCCCUUUGGGCGCAGAUGUGACAGCUUCUCCACACACACACACCAGCUUUUGUCUUUUGAGGAGUCGCGACGACGGAAGUUCACUGCGCACCAUGAGUGAGUUCCGGAUCCACCAUCAUGUCAAUGAGCUGUUGAGCGUGUUGGAUGUGCGAGGGGGCGACGGAGCGGAAGGUUACAUCGACCUUCUGCAGAAGCACCGCACGCCCUACGUCACCACCACGGUUUCCGCCCACAGCGCCAAGGUGAAGCUGGCGGAGUUCUCCAAGACGCCCGAGGACUUCCUAAGGAAGUACGAGGAGCUAAAAUCCAAAAAUGUCCGGCACCUGGACCCGCUGGUCUACCUGCUGUCCCGCCUGUGCGAGGACUCGCAAACUCUGCAGCGUCUUCAGCAGAACGCCAAAGAUCGUUCGGAAGCUUGCGCGACGACGGCGGCGCUCGCUCCGGCGCCGAGCGUCCUGAGCGCGUCGACAACGGUCUCCAAGAUGUCCAUGCAGGAGUUGGACGAGCUGCGCAAGAAGCUCGGGAACGCCACGGCGGCGUCCAACGCCCCCCUGUCGGCUGAGGUGACGCGGAAGAUGCUGCGGGACAAACACAACAAGAAGAAUCCGGCGCAGCUCAAUCCCGUUUUUCCCGGCUGGGUGUACGAGCGGCCCACCCUCCUCGGGGACUUCAUCGUCGGCCCCGCCCCGCCCGCCGAUCCGCCCGUGGGCACGCUGGCGCUGGCGGCACAGGAGCAGCUGGUUCUGGAGGAUCUGCUCUUCGUUCUGGUGGGCGUGGACGGACGCAACGUGGCGGCUCAGCCGGUCCUCGGCCGCCAGAACCGCUCCUUCAUCGUGGACGCCACGCUGGACCCGUCGGUCAAGGAGCUGGUGCACCGGAUCCUUCCCGUGGCGUCCUACUACUCCACCGUCACACGAUUCGUGGAGGAGAAGUCGUCGUUCGAGUACGGGCAGGUGAACCACGCCCUGACGGCGGCCAUGCGAACGCUGCUCAAGGAGUACCUGAUCCUGGUGACUCAGCUGGAACACGUGCACCGGCGGGGCCUGCUGUCGCUGCAGAAGCUCUGGUUCUACCUGCAACCCACCAUGAGGACCAUGGACAUCUUGGCCGCCAUCGCUUCGUCGGUGGACAAAGGCGAGUGUAUGGGCGGGGCCACGCUCAGCCUCCUUCACGACCGUACCUUCAACUUCACCGGCGACGCACAGGCGCAGGAAGUGUGCCUGUACCUCACCAAGGCUGCCAGCGUGCCCUACUUUGAGAUCCUGGAGAAAUGGAUCUUCAGGGGCAUCAUCCGCGAUCCCUACAGCGAGUUCAUGGUGGAGGAACACGAACUGCAGAAGGAGAAGAUCCAAGAGGACUACAACGACAAGUACUGGGACCAGAGGUAUACCGUCGUUCAGCACCGCAUUCCGUCGUUCCUGCAGAAGAUGGCCGACAAGAUCCUCAGCACAGGAAAGUACCUGAACGUGGUCCGCGAGUGCGGCCGCGACGUCACCUGUCCCGACGCCAAGGAAGUGGUUUACACGCUGAAGGAGCGAGCCUACGUGGAACAGAUCGAGAAGGCCUUCAACUACGCCAGCAAGGUGCUCCUGCACUUCCUGCUGGAGGAGAAGGAGCUGGUGGCCCGCCUCAGGUCCAUCAAACACUAUUUCCUGAUGGACAAAGGCGACUUCUUCGUGCACUUCAUGGACCUGACGGAGGAGGAGCUUCGCAAGCCGGUGGACGACAUCGCGGCGCCGCGUCUGGAGGCGCUGCUGGAGCUGGCGCUGCGCAUGAGCACGGCCAACACCGACCCCUUCAAGGACGACCUCAAGAUCGACUUGAUGCCGCACGACGUGAUCACGCAGCUAUUGCGGGUCCUGGCCAUCGAGACCAAGCAGGAGAAGAGCGUCGCCAACGCCGAGCCGGCCGACGCCGCCCUCAGCGGCCUGGAGGCCUUCUCCUUCGACUACGUGGUCAAGUGGCCGCUCUCGCUCAUCAUCAGCAGGAAGGCGUUGACCAGGUACCAGAUGUUGUUCCGUCACAUGUUCUACUGCAAGCACGCGGAGCGCCUGCUGUGCAACGUGUGGAUCAGCAACAAACACGCCAAGCAUCACUGGUCGCACUCGGCCAAAUGGUUCGCGGCGGCGUUUGCGCUGCGUCAGCGCAUGUUGAACUUUGUGCAGAACAUCCAGUACUACAUGAUGUUUGAGGUGAUGGAGCCCACCUGGCACGUGAUGGAGAACAACCUGAAGACGGCGUCCAACAUCGACGACGUGCUGUGGCACCACACCAGCUUCCUGGACAACUGCAUGAAGGACUGCAUGCUGACCAAUCCCGAGCUGCUGCGCAUCUUCUCCAAGCUCAUGUCCGUCUGCGUCAUGUUCGCCGGCCGCAUGCAGCGUUUCACGCAGGCUCUCCGGCUGGAGCGCCUCCCCCUGGACACCGGCUGCCACGACCGGAAAAAGAGCCAAGCGGCAAAGGUCAGUAGCCAGACUCGCCCCCACGUCACAAAACUCGAACACACUCACAGCGUUGUGUGUGUGUAUGCGGAAUUUGUGUGCGUUCAGUCGGAGGAGACCGAGGCGGCCUCGGGCGCAGGCUUUGAGGCGUCCAUCGUGAACUUCGACAACAGUUUCAGCGUUCUGCUGCUGGACCUUCUGGACAAACUCAGCAUCUUCAGCUCCAACAACUGCGAGCACAGCAUGAUCAGCAUCAUAUACAGGCUGGACUUCAACGGCUUCUACACGGAGCGUCUGGAGAAGAUGGCGGUGGAACGUAGUCACAAAGAGGCCGCGUAGCGAGACGACGUCCCCUAAGCGAAGAACUCCGGGGCGGCGUUCUUCACGAGUGACGACUCAAAAAAUGGCACCGACUCAUCUUUAUUUCAACCUUUCAGCUGUUCAAAUAAAAAUUUUGUGUUU